UCAAAAGGUCGUAAUCAUUCCUGUUUUGAAAAUGUGAACAUGGAGACUGUUUAUCCAGUUGCCACGUUCAAAGUGCCUCCUCGACCCCUUCUCCCAAGUAUCAAAAGUAACGUCACUAGUUUCCGAUUUUUACACUCCCACCUACGAAAUAAACAACUUGAGUUUCAGAAUCACGGCUUUUCUUCUCAAUUUAUAUUCAGAUGUAGUGCCUGUAGCAAAUUCUUGGUUUCUCAAUCUGAACACGAAAGAUUAAAGUACGCACAGCAACUGUUUGAUAAUUUGCCCAAUAGGGAUGUGAUCUCUUGGUCCGCUCUCAUUGCUGCUUAUUCUCGAUGUGGGAAUUUUGCCCAAGCAUUUGGUUUGUUCCAGAAAAUGGUGGGUGAAGGAUUGCAGCCCAAUGGAUUUUCAUUAGCCAGCUUGCUCAAGGUGAGUUCUAGUACGGGGGAAAUUGGACUUAGCAGACAGCUGCAUGGCUGGUCUAUCCGAACCGGUUUUGGAUUAGAUUCUGGAAUAAGGGCUGCCUGGAUAACCAUGUAUUCCCAUUGUGGUGUGUUGGAAGAUGCCCAGAGGGUUUUUGACGAGACCUCUCUUCUUGCUCUCGAUAUCCUCUUGUGGAAUUCAAUUAUAGCAGCCUAUAUCUUCCAUGGGUGUUGGGUUGAGGUGCUUCGUCUGUUUUGCAAAAUGGUGUCAGUUGGGGUUGUUGCACCGACGGAGCUCACCUAUGCUAGUGUUGUCAAUGCUUGUGGUUCUUCAGGUGAGGAGAAGUAUGGAGCAAUGGUUCAUGGAAGGACCAUCAAAGCUGGACUUGAAGCAACUAAUCUAUGGAAUUCUCUUGUUACAUUUUAUGGCAAAUGUGGGAACUUACAACAUGCAAGCCAAUUAUUUGAGAGGAUUUCUAGGAAGGAUGUUGUUUCAUGGAAUGCAAUGAUUGCAGCCAAUGAACAAAGAGGAGAAGGGGAGAAUGCAUUAGGUUUAUUCCGUAGGAUGCUCAAAGUUGAACCGCCUGUUCAACCAAAUCGUGUCACUUUUCUUAGUUUGCUUAGUGCUGUUUCUGGGCUUUCAGCUUUAAGGUGUGGAAGAGAAAUUCAUGCUCAUAUCAUUAGACUCGGCCUUGAAGUUGAUACCAGCAUCGCCAAUUCUCUCAUCACCUUUUAUUCAAAAUGCAGGGAAGUUGGCAAAGCAAGAGAGAUUUUUGAGAGGUUGUUGUUAAGGGAUAUCAUUUCAUGGAAUUCAAUGCUUGCUGGAUAUGAGCAGAAUGAGCAGCAAGGAAGAUGUUUUGAUAUCUUUAAGAGAAUGAUGCUUUCAGGGAUUGAGCCAGAUUCACACAGUCUCACUAUUAUUUUCAAUGCAGCUUCUCGUGAUUCAUCUGGGUUAAUAUAUUUUCGAAGGGGUAAAGAAAUUCAUGGGUAUAUUUUGAGGAGAAUUACCCCAGGAGGUGUGAGUUUGUCAGUCUCUAAUGCAAUGCUUAAAAUGUAUGCAAAAUUCAACCGUAUAGCAGAUGCUGAGAAGAUUUUCAAGGGGAUGAAGAAUAGGGAUUCAUACUCCUGGAAUGCAAUGAUGGAUGGGUAUUCAAGAAAUGCCAAGUUUGAGGAUGUCCUAAUGAUUUUUCUAGAUAUUCUUAAGCAAGGUUUCCCAUUAGAUCAUUUGAGCCUCUCAAUUCUCCUUACGUCCUGUGGCAGAUUGGUUUCCCUCCAACUGGGUAAGCAGUUUCAUGCUGUUGUUGCCAAACUCUUCAACGGCCAGGAUUGUCCUCACCAGGACUCUCUUUUGUCAAUCAACAAUGCAUUGAUUUCCAUGUAUUCAAAAUGUGGAAGUAUUAAAGAUGCUGCCCAAGUAUUUUUAAAGAUGGAAAGGAAGGACGUCUUUUCUUGGACAGCUAUGAUCACAGGCUGCGCACACCAUGGAAUGGCUGUUGAAGCCCUUCAGCUAUUUGAGAGAAUGAAAACAGAUGGCAUCAAGGCCAACCAGGUCAGUUUGAUCGUGCAAAAAGCCUGGUUGAGUUUGGAAUCACUCUCUUUAAGCCCUAUCAUAAUGAUAUCUUGAACCUGUGGAAGGUUUUACUUGGGGCAUGUCAUGCGUCUAAGCAGUUAGAUCUUGGGGUGGAGGCUGCAACAAAGAUUCUUGAAUUGGAACCUGAA